GGCUAAAAAACUGUGAGCUAGCUCACACUGACUCAGCUUAGAGGGGACACUGCCCGGGUCACAUUUCUAAUGUAAAUAUUCCAGGGAAGGAUGGUAGCAGAUUUAUCUGAGGGAACAGGAGGGAGAAGUGACUGUGAGAACCCGGUAGGGAAGAACCUUGCAAAUGGACAUAUGGUAAAUGCUUCGGAGCAAGAGAUGCUGUUCCUCCAGGGACAUCUGGUGAAGGGAGGCAUUUGUGAAAACCGCCAGCGAGACUCAAGGAUUUUCUUAGUGCCACCGAGGAUCCGUGACCAGCUGUGGGCAUCCAGGUGGUCUGAUGCUAAUGGCAACAAAUGGAAGUGGAGCACAAUUGGACUCUUGGUUCUCCUGGUGAUCUCAGUCACUACAAAUAUCUAUGCGCUGGCAAAGCUGUGUCAGCGGCCUGCUGCUCUCCGGCCACGGGAUACCAUGUCAUCCUCAUCGGAUGCCAGUCCCUGCCCUCAGCGCUGGGUUAUGAAUCAAGGGCGGUGCUACUUUUUCUCUGACACUGAGGCGACCUGGAACGCCAGCUGGACGGAUUGCUCUUCCCAUGGAGGUUCCCUGGUGGCCAUGGAUACUCCGCAGGAGUGGGAUUUUGUAAGUCAGUCUAAAAGACCAAGGUAUUAUUGGAUUGGCCUCUGGAGGACAGGAGCAGGAGAACUUUGGAAAAGGGCGAAUGGGUCCCUCUUCAACAACAGGUUUCCAGUGAGAGGCGAAGGACUUUGCGCUUACCUGAAUAAAGAUGAGGUCAGCUCGACAUGGUGUGACAAGCACCGAUACUGGAUCUGCAGCAAGCAUCUACAGGGAAACAUGUGAAGGACAUACUAAGUCCGGAUGGAGGAAUCCAUCCUGGAUGUAAAGCACUCCCGAGAAUGUAAAUGAGCACUCCUGAGACUACUCACCCGAGGCAUCUGUCUCCAACAGCAUUCUCAUGUGCAGUUUAUUCACAAAACCACAAGCUUGCAUUAUUUUAAUAAUAAUGGGAAGAAGCUUUUUGUGUACACUUGUGUAGCAUAACAGGAUUCGAGUGAUUUGGCAUUAGCCUCCUCAUGAGGCUAAUGAAGGGCUCAAAGGCUGGAGUGUCGGCCUGUAUGUGCUGAGAACGCUUGACAUAUUCCAGAGUUUCAGAACUUAGUGCCCAGAUGUUGGCCCUUGUGGUUUUCCUGCCCUGACUGAGUCGGCCAGAACUGCCACUGGUUCCCAUGAGGGGUGAGGACAGCUCCAUUAGGCCUCCUCCUCUGCCUCCUCCUCCUCUGGGGGUUUUAGCUACCAUCAAGCUAGCAGUCUUUGGGAAAACCUACAGAGCAGGAGUAGCUCUGGGCUCAGAAAUUGUCAAAACCAACGUCAGCAGCAUUCAGGUGGUGUGUGUCUGGAGUCGGUUUGCCUUUGAAGGCCUGAACGGUAGACAGGCAUCGAUCGUCAAAGUGACUAUGAUGUUGUUAAGUUAAUGAUGUAUGCUGAUGUACCUUGGCCAGAGAUUCUCUGAAAAAGCAGAGUAUUGGAGUUCAAGAUUUAAACGUUUGAAGAAAUAUUCAUUUGAGAUCUCCAGUGGAGCAUUUGCUGUUAAAAUUUGCUGUUAGAAUUAUGUUCGAUUUCAUUUAAAAAUUUCCAUAAGAAUGUAGGUAUUAAGAGCCCUGUUAAAGAUAGUGAUGUGAUGAAACAUUCUUUUAAAUUUUUUUAAAGGAUGCCCGCACGCCGG